GUUCCUGUGUGCAGAGAAGAGGAACGACACGAGCCAAGGCUGUGUUGGUGUUCUGUUCAAAGUAUCCAAGAGUCUUCAGAGAGCACACAUCCAAAAGAUGGACCGAGUGACGUCAGUGAAGCCAUUGUCCAAUCCAGAGGUGCUGGAGUCAGCUCGUGCUCAGUUCCGUGUUAUGAAAACAUAUGAGAAAGACGGCAUUCCCUACCUUGGCAGCACUUUCGUCUCGGAUUUCGAAGAAAUGUUUCGUCAGAUCUCCGACGUCAAGCUCAAGGACGAUGACGUCUUUCUUAUCGGCUUUAUGCGUUCUGGGAACCACUGGGUGUCUGAAAUCCUGAGUAUGAUUCUCCGUCAAACAGCAACAUUCACGGACUUUUACUUCCACAGUCGUUUUCCGGAAAUCAUGGGGAUUGAAGUACACGAAAAGUUCCAGGCUAUCCCAGAACCGAGGAUAAUCAUCACCCACAUCCACCCCAACAGACUGCCUCGAGAUGUCCUGAAAAAACCGGUCAAGUUUGUGUACAUUCUAAGGAACCCCAAAGACACUCUGGCUUCAUGGUACAAACUGACGACAUCUCUCAAUAACGACGGUGAUUGCUUCUACGGCAGUUGGGAUGAGUUCUUUGAGUUACAGUUGACUGGCGAAUUUUGCUGGGGUUCCUGGUUCCAGCACGUCCUAGCGUGGGAGAAGUUCAUGAAAGAAAACCCGAAUGUGCCAGUUUUUGUGGUCCAGUUUGAGAAACUUAAAGAGCAGCCCAAGGACGUCAUUGCUGAUCUUUGCCGUUUUCUGGGUCGACCGGACACUCUAACGGAGGAGAUUGCAACAGCCACUUCCUUCGAGAACAUGAAGAUUGGAACGAAGGAGAAAGAAAAGGAAGCAGACAAGAUUUUGAUGAAGGAAGGAGAGACCAUGGCAAUGGUCUCCGGCAAAACACAACAAUGGAAGAAAAGAUUCACAGUGGACCAGAAUGAGAGGUUUGACAAGUUCUUUGAAGAGGCGCUAGCUGGAAACGGGCUCGCAGACCGAGUGAAAGAGUACAUUGGAAUAUCCAAAUGAGCUAUGGUAUACUAAGCAAGUACCGUAGUAAACUGUUCUAAUGUGUAAAUGUUCCGGGUGUCAAAAAAGGUAGUGGGACACUGUAGUGAGCGCUCUCUGGCUGGCUGUAUCUCUCUAUCUCUCUUAUCUCUCUAUCUCUCUAUCUCUCUAUCUCUCUAUCUCUCUAU